CGUCGAUCAGGUUGCAUUUCCACUAAACUUUACAAAAGGCCGCGUCGUAGAGUAUAAUUGCUCAUCACUUGUUUCGCUUUAGGUUUUCUCCUCCCAGCUUCCACAAAAUUCCCUCGCCCCCUCUUCUCUUCCACACCGCUCCUGAGCUCCAAGGAAACGGCGGCGGAUUGUGUUCAAUCGAUCGCCGGGAAUUUAGAAGAGAAGAUGGCAGCGCCGGAAGCUCCGAUUAAGUAUGUCGGAAUCUUAAAGGAAUCCGCCGCCUUCCGGCUUAUGAAAUCGAUGGGCUGGGAAGAAGGAGAAGGACUUGGUAAAGAUAAGCAAGGGAUCAAAGAAUAUGUGAGAGUGAAGAACAAACAAGAUACAACUGGUGUUGGAGUUGAUAAGCCGAAUCCAUGGGCAUUUGAUACAACUCAGUUCGAUAACAUUCUCAAGAAAUUGAAAGUGCAAGCAGCACCUAGCAAGUCUGACAAGGAUGAUGAUGAGAAGGAAGCUGAAAGUGAGGACGAUGCUGCCAAAUCUGAGCCUGCCAAGUCGAAGACCGUUGCUAAAGUCACUCGUCCACAAGGAAGGUAUAAACGUAGAGAGAAAGGGAAGCUUGUCAAUUCUUACUCGUCUAAAGAUCUUGAAGGAAUAUUGGUUAAACGGACUGAGGAGCCGGUGGUUUGCGACACAGCCGAUACUAUGGAGAUUGAAAUUAUAUCCGAGGACCAACAUGCUAGUGUUAAAGAACAGAAAAUCGAAGAGCCUUCUGCGGACUGGUGGGGAUUUAAAUCUGGGUUUGUCUCGGGCGGUCUUCUUGGAGCCAAGUCUGGCAAAAAGAAGUCAUCUGAGAAAAAUGAGAGAAAAAUGUUUUGUGAGGACGAUCAAGAGAAUCUCUACAACAUGGUUCAGGAUAAAGCCACGUCUGGAAAACAAGGAUUGGGUAUCAAAGACCGACCGAAGAAAAUAGCCGGUGUUCAUUUCCAAGGGAAGAAGACGUCUUUUGGUAACAGUGAUGAUGAUGAUGAUGAUGACGAAGAGGAAGAAGAAGAAGAAGAAGAGGAAGAGGAGGAAGUUAGUGAAGACAACUCUGUAAUCCAUAAUUCUCUGCCAGCGAAAAGGAAGCACGAUGAAAUCGUUGAACCCAAAAUCAAGUUAAAGAACCUGUGCAAGCAGAUUCUUAAAAAGGAUGCUGGUAGUGGUGGAUCCAUGAAGCUGAAACAGCUUAAAUCUCUAAUUGAUGAACAAGCACCAUCAGUUCUGUCAGAGUUCUCUUCAAGCAAAGAUGCUAUUGCUUACUUGAAACUUAAGCUGGAACGAAAUGGGAAGUUUGUUGUGGAGGGAAAGAAGAUCAGUCUCGUAUCAAAAAAGAAGUGAGGGCAAUUUUUGUUGGAAUUUAUCAUUAUACCUCCUGCAUAGGACAGUGGAGAUUAGGACAAGUUUUGUUACUUAAUCAUCACCUUUGUAUAACAAAGAUUAUCCUAUAACUUUGGAAAUUUUGAUUUGUUUGUAAUCUAUUUUAUACAUUCUAUGAGUUUUUCAAUAAAACUUCACCUUCAUAAGUUAUUAAUGUCUUACAUAUUCAACCGAUAUUUUUAUUAAAAUAAAGCGAACACAUUUUGUUGGUUUGGUUGACUUUCUUAGAUGGUUUCUGUAGAAUUAUAUGUAUUUGCCCUGCACGAUCUUGGUGGCUAUAUAUUUACCAAGAUAAUCAUAACCAUGGCAAUACAGAGCUUCAAUUUCAGCUCUCUUUCCAGUUUCAACCAUCAGUGACAACUCGUCUCUGUAGUUUCCCUGCAAGAUUUUGGAAGACAAUAAGCUCUUAGCAAUUUGUGAGUCCUUCGGCUUUAAGGGAACCAAAGACUCUUGUGGUAUCAGAUUCAGAUCAUCUCCUCGGAGCCCAAUCCACUUCACAUUGCAAGCAUAUCUGUAAGCUUCAAGACCCAUUCCCACGCUUCCAAACUUGAAGGUGCAUAGUAUAGCUAACCCAGCUGGAUUCC